UUUAUAUAUAUAAACUAUUACAAACCUCCCUGUGUAGCAUUUUGUGCUCGUGCGCAGCGCGUGACGCGUCACUGCGCUUUCAAGUCCUCUAGAUCAUUUUCCACGCUAUCCACUUACGAUUCAUUAUAAACAACAGGAUAACGUUCUCAUAUUCAUUUAUUACUAUAAGGAAGUAAACAAACAUUUUUUUAAAAUGGCCUAUCUUCAAUCCAUGCCUAAAUCUGAAACAAUCAAGCUUCGUGAAAAACAUAUUGGUGCCGCUUGCCAAAUGUUUUUCCGAUCGAAUCCCUUGAAAAUUGUAAGGGGUAUCGCACAAUUCAUGUACGAUGAAUCUGGCGAGAGGUACCUUGACUGCAUUAAUAAUGUUGCACAUGUUGGCCAUUGUCAUCCGCACGUAGUGGAAGCGGGCCGUAAUCAAAUGUCAUUAAUAUCGACUAACAAUCGAUACUUGCACGAUGACAUGGUGAUCCUCGCCAAAAGGCUGGUGAAGACCAUGCCUGAACCUCUGUCUGUGUGCUUCUUUGUCAACUCGGGCUCUGAGGCCAAUGACCUCGCGUUAAGGCUCGCACGGAUUCACACUAAACGAAAGGACGUCAUCACACUUGACCACGCGUAUCACGGCCACCUUACUUCUAUGAUUGAAGUAUCGCCGUACAAACUGAACCUCCCCGGUGGGCCGGAGAAGCCGGAAUGGGUUCACGUGGCACCAGUUCCAGAUGUGUACAGGGGGAAGUACACUUAUCCAAUGGAUUCUAAAUCCGAGAGGGAAUUGGGGAGAAUGUACGCCGACGAAGUGGGCAAGCUGUGCAGGCUAGCUCAGAGCAAUGGUGGCGGUGUGUGCGCAUUCAUAGCGGAGAGCUUACAGAGCUGCGGUGGGCAAAUCAUCCCACCUGAAAGCUACCUGAAGAAUACCUAUAAACACGUCCGCGAAGCCGGUGGUGUCUGCAUCGCUGAUGAGGUGCAAGUGGGAUUCGGCCGAGUGGGCACCCACAUGUGGGCGUUUGAGACCCAGCACGUCAUCCCGGACAUCGUGACGGUGGGCAAGCCCAUGGGCAACGGUCAUCCGGUCGCGGCCGUCAUCACCACGCCGGAGAUAGCCAAGAGCUUUGCCGACACAGGAGUGGAGUACUUCAACACGUACGGAGGGAACCCGGUAUCCUGCGCUAUUGCCAACGCUGUCCUUGACGUGAUAGAAGAGGAGCGCCUUAUGGAGCGGGCCUUCAGGGUUGGGAACCACCUGUUGAACCGAUGCGAAGGUCUGAAGCACCGGCACUCGUUGGUUGGUGACGUGCGAGGCAGAGGGCUGUUCGUUGGCGUAGAACUGGUCACCGACAGGGAGACCAGGACACCGGCCACUGCUGAAGCCAAACAUGUUAUAAAUAGAAUGCGCGAAGAGAAGAUCCUAAUCAGUAGAGACGGGCCUGACAGCAAUGUGCUGAAGUUCAAACCGCCCAUGGUGUUCGGCAUACAGGAUGCAGACCGGCUUGUCGACACCUUGGACCGCGUGCUUGCUGAACUAGAUGGCGCUAGAAUCUCCAAAAUCACUCUUGAGGUGCGAGUGACUCCAAUCGACGACGCAUCAAGUAAGGAUACGUUGCGAAGUAACUCUAAGCAAGCAUUAAAAGCUAUAUGAUGAUAUUUUUUUAAUUAAGUACGAACAAUAAAUUAUAAGUUAUUUUGUUGAUGUGUAACAUCUUUCCUCUCGCUUUCCUGCAAUUUGUGGGUGAUUUCGUGAAAUGGGACGGAAGUGUGUAACAGGAAGUCGCGAAAGCGCGCGCUAUUUGAUUUGAUUUUAGAACAUAAUGUUCAAAUGGCUUAUUCCUUGUGUAGUAGGUUUAAUUUCUUUUUUUACUAAUAUAAGGUGAGAUUUCAAAUGUUACACAUCAUACGCGACUACUGUAAGGCUCGCUCGUUUUUUUUUUAUAGAAAACAAUACACAUUGUUAACCGCCUAAAAUUUUACAGGUUGGUAAAGCUACCAAUUUACUUAGUUUUCUUUUAAAGUACAAAGAUCACUGUCAUAAUUAAAUAAAAAAUAUAUUCACAGAUAAAAAACACGAUCGAUAACUGAUACCCAAAGUUAUUAUAAACUUCUGAAUAACAUAAAGUAUGAUCUUAUAGUCAUGCAGAUUUCUCCGCGAGGGAUUGACGACAUAAAAACAAUGGUGUGGUCACUCUCAGAGACGUCAAUAUUAAGUUUGAUUAAUAUUGAGUUACCUUUCUUUGCGGUUGUAAUUGAAAAAGCAUUGAAAUGAAUUAAAAAUAAUCAAAUCUCUCUGAUCACAUUAAAUAAUUGAGUAUUAUCAUGAGAAAAUGAUUUUAAAAGAAAAUUAAAUUAGGAUUUAUAUGAGAAAUAAGUAAAGAUA